AUGUCUGACCAGAACAGCAAUCGGAACGCUGCCAUGGGAAACUGUCUACAAGGGAACCGGGGUUCUGGCCGUGGCUGUCAUGAUGGCCAUGAUGGAGCUCAAGAACUCAGACGAAUCAUCUCAGAGGCCAUUGGCCCUCCUCUUGUUCAAUACCCAAUCGAUGACACCAUGCCUGUAAAGGCUUGGGUGUACGAGAAGAAGCACAGUUCCACAAACAACUACAAGCCUCUCCGACCACAAGAUCAGCGCAAGGCACUCGAAGUGCUCAACCGCCACCUGCCCUUCUGGGACCAAAUCGCAAUCCCGCAGCCGCCCGUCACCCUUCCCGAGACACCUGCCCGCUUGAGGCCCAGACUGUACCCCGAGGCCCACCUUCCCCUUCCGCCUCGAUCCUCGACCCGGCGACAGCGACGAGAGGCAGCCAGGCCUUACGGCUCGCCGCAGAAAACCAACACAACCAAGUUUAAGGUAGUUGAGUCUACUGGGCGCAAGAAGUCACGAAACUGGAUUCAGACAGAUGGCAAGGAAGAAGAGAACGCGAGAAUGGAUUGGAUGGAGGACGACCUACCCGUUCUCGUCGUCCCGGACCUCGUCGUCACCCGCCCUGGUGGAGAGACGAGGCGCCUGCCAGACCCGAAUCAGUACGUCAGCAGCGAGUAG